GCACUCUGACCCCAUAUGAAUUUUCCGCCUCCUCCCACAUUUCUCAGCUCCUUAUUAGCUAUUUUUCAUUCCUGCCCGUGUCACCUCCCCCUGAAUCCAACCUAUAAAGGUCCUGUCACAGGCUGCUCAGACACACCAUCCCUCAGCCCUGUCACACAGACUGAGACCAUGCUGCCCCAGAUAAUGGCCCCCAGUUUCUCCAAGCUGCUCCUGGUCUGCCUGCUGCUCGUAGGCCUGGAAUGUGGUGAGACUGCCUCUACUGCUGCUGCUGCUGGUGCUGCUGCUGCCUCUUUUCGGCGGGCCUGUCCUGAAGGGUCCAAAGCAUUUGGUUCUUACUGCUAUGGCUUGUUCAGUAUGUUAGAGACCUGGGAUGCUGCAGAGGUGAACUGCCAGAGCCAGACUUCAGGCCAUCUGGUUUCCCUGAUGAAUGAGGCAGAAGCUUCCUUUGUGGCCUCUCUAGUGGCUGAGAGCGGAGGCAGCCGGUGUGGCAUCUGGAUUGGUCUCUAUGACCCUAACAAGACCCGGCGUUGGAAAUGGAGCAGCAAUGCCCUGUUCACCUACCAGGCCUGGGCUACAAAAGCCCCAAGCAAUACCAGUCCUGGAUACUGUGCGACCUUGACACCAGAAACAGGAUUCAAAAACUGGAAAGAUCAACUAUGUAGCAACAAAAACUUCUACAUCUGCAAGUUCAAAUCCUAAAGAUUACAAGACAGGGAAAGGAGUUGGAAUUCUGCAUUCGUGGGAUCAAACCUUGACCUCUGAGGAAUCUGGCUCUAGGCUCUCUGUCCUAAUAUGUAUCUUCCUUUUGUAAUUGCCCUUCAGCCCCUUCCCUUUCCUAUAGGGAAUAUCUCCUUCCUCCAUUUACAUUUCUUUGAGGGCUGCCUGGUAUAAAACACCAGGCAACCAGAAUAAACCAUUAUCUUUUCUAA